AUGCACGAAGAGCCUAUCGACCGAUCUCGCGACCUCUGGAUCGAGAGAAAACGCAGAUUCGAGCAGGAAGAAGCAGCUCGAAGGGACGAGCUGCUCGACGCUCGCUACAGAUCCGCACACGAAGGCUCAAGCCGUUUCAGCCCGCCUCACCAAUCAAACCACGAUCCCAGAUACGCCCAUCUGCCUCCUUCCACUGCCCACCCAGCUAACGCUCGCCACGCAUCGAGCCCUCGUUCGCAACUUCCCCUUUCUCUGCACCCCCCCGCCGUCUCCCCCGCUGACGAGGAAGCUGCUAUGCGCGAGGACGUUGCCACCACCGCACUCAAGCGCAGGCGUCUCGGAGAUGGCCUCGACCGCGACGACCGACGACGCGAUGAGCCCAUCAACGGCGCCCGUUCUCCUCCCUUCCGUAGGGCCGACGGCGCAACGCACUCGGCACCGCGUUACCUCGACGAGAGGGACGCCUACGUCGACGACCUGCGCUCUCCUUUAAACCCACCGUACGCCAACAGGCCCAACGGCCGUCUUUCGCCCUUGGACCGACCCAUGCACAGCCCCAACUCGGUCGGCGGCGGUCCCUUGCCACCAAUGCAGGACGGUGCUCAUCGACCCUCGGUGCUCUCGUCGUCCAAUUACGACGAUAGUCUGGAUCACGGCCCGGGCAUGCUCGCACGCAGGAGAGGCGAUGCUGCGCAGGCAAAGGCCAGUCGGCUUCACAUCGACACUGGUUCUGGGUCGGCUUUCGAAGCUUCUGCCCUCGGUAGAUCCUCUUCGGGCAUCGCUAAGAGUGCACCACCUCAAAAGCUGUCAUUUGGCUUUGACAACCGCGAUCACCCUUUGCCUCAGGACCAGGCGCCCCGCGAAGCAAACCUUCGACCCAACCACGCGUCCCAGCAACCAUCGCAGCCUUUGGCCCCCGCGCGCCCCGAGCAACAGCAGCGUCACGUUUCUGGUUCGCGUCAAGCAGAGUCGUCCGAUGCUCUCCGCCGCGAGGAGCGAGAUGAUGUGCCUGGUCUUCGCGAAGGCCGAUUGCCCGAAAUUCCUCACACCGCCAACCCGCUCGCACGCCAAGGGCCCUCGACGCGUUUGGCUGGCGGCGGUCACAUUCCUCAGACGGCGACGCUGCCAUCUCCUGCCUACCACACGACCCAGUUCGCGCGCGGUCACCCCGGUGGACGUCAGGCCUACAACCCUCCACCCACCGCCCGAUUGCCCGAGCACUUGCGUUCGCCGCCUUCGUCGAAACCUCACUUCCUCUCGCUCUUCUCUGACUUCUACGACUCGCUCUAUGAUAGCAGGACGCUCAAGGCGACGCUGGAGGACCAGAUCAAGCGCUCCAACACGUUGCUCCAGACACUUCAGUCGAGCCGCCGUGUGCUUGAAGAGACGGUGGAGCGACGUGUUCGGGAUGAACGCGUCUUGUGGGAAGGGCGAGUGCGCGGUCUGGAAGCGCGUGUACGCGAGUUGGAGGCCAAGACUGGGACUGAUUAUGAUGACGAGCCGCUGUCUCGCUCGUCUGAGCUGGCUGCUUUGAAGGGCAACGCCCACGCGACUAGUGCUUCGUCUUCCAGAAAGGGUUCUGCGCCGCUGUCUGCGUCUGACGCAGCAGCUGUGGUUGCCGAGAAGGCGGAGGAGAACAUUGGCAGCAAGCCUUCGUCACGCGAACGUUCGCCUUUGACUGCUCCUGCCAAGAGACUGUCGUCGUCGUCUUGCAACAACAAGGACGAGGACGAGGGCGAUCAGCUGCAGGACGACUGA